GACCUUUGACGAGCGUGUGUUUGCUUGCUCCAGAUAUGUCGGCCCUCAUUUCCCUGAGGAAGCGAGCCCAGGGUGAGAAGCCUCUGGCAGGGGCCAAGGUGGUGGGCUGUACCCACAUCACCGCUCAAACAGCAGUGCUGAUCGAGACUCUGGUGGCUCUGGGGGCUCAGUGUCGCUGGACCGCCUGCAACAUCUACUCCACCCAGAACGAGGUGGCCGCCGCUCUGGCCGAGACAGGAGUGCCCGUGUUUGCCUGGAAGGGCGAGACCGAGGACGACUUCUGGUGGUGCAUCGACCGCUGUGUCAACACGGAGGGCUGGCAGGCCAAUAUGAUUUUGGACGACGGCGGAGACUUGACACACUGGGUUUACAAGAAAUACCCCAACGUGUUCAAGAAAGUGCGAGGCAUCGUUGAGGAGAGCGUCACCGGAGUUCAUCGAUUGUACCAGCUGUCCAAAGCCGGCAAGCUGUGCGUCCCGGCGAUGAACGUCAACGACUCGGUCACCAAGCAGAAGUUCGACAACCUCUACUGCUGCCGCGAAUCCAUCCUGGACGGCUUGAAGAGGACCACGGACAUCAUGUUUGGUGGCAAACAAGUGGUGGUGUGCGGCUACGGAGAGGUGGGCAAAGGCUGCUGCACGGCUCUGAAAGCGCUUGGAGCCAUCGUGUGCAUCACUGAGAUUGACCCGAUCUGCGCCCUGCAGGCGUGCAUGGACGGCUUCCGAGUGGUCAAACUGGGCGAGGUCAUCCGGCAGAUGGACGUGGUCAUCACUUGCACUGGCAACAAGAACGUCGUCACCAGAGAGCAACUGGAUCGCAUGAAGAACGGCUGCGUGGUGUGCAACAUGGGCCACUCCAACACGGAGAUUGACGUGGCCAGUCUACGCAGCCACGAGCUGACCUGGGAGAGGGUCCGCUCGCAGGUGGACCACAUCAUCUGGCCCGACGGCAAGAGGGUUGUGCUUCUGGCCGAGGGUCGCCUGCUGAACCUGAGCUGCUCCACGGUGCCCACUUUCGUGUUGUCCAUCACGGCGACCACUCAGGCUCUGGCCUUAAUUGAGUUGUUCAAUGCCCCGGAGGGACGUUACAAGCAGGACGUGUAUCUCCUGCCAAAGAAAAUGGACGAGUACGUGGCCAGUUUGCAUCUUCCCAACUUUGACGCUCACCUCACGGAGCUCUCUGACGAGCAGGCCAAGUACAUGGGCCUCAACAAGAACGGACCCUUCAAGCCCAAUUAUUACAGGUAUUAAUGGGGAGGCCUCGCUGACGUUAUCCUGAAAUGAACAGAGAUAUCUAUUUUAUUUGAUAAAUUGCCACCCAAUGGAGGACUUAUUUUACCGAUGUAAGCAACAUAGUAGGGCAGGCAUAGCUUGAAAAAUGUAUUGCAUAAUCAGCCAGCAUGUUUGUCUUGUCAAAUAUUUACACAAAAGCUCAUUUGGAUACACUGUUAGGAACCGCAGCUUUUUCUUUUUUUUUUUUUUUUUUUUUUUUUUUAAUGCACAGUGCCAAAAAUGAAGGCCGUAAGAAUGAAAGCCGGGCUGUGACAUGAAAUAUUGAAGUGUGAUCUACAUUCCGCUUGUUCAUGAUACCCUAGCGACGGCUUCUUUUUGUGUGGUCAGAUUCCUGCUGAGUUUUAUUGAUAUGCCAUCAAAUGUAUCAACCAGUCACUCGGCAAUGAGAAUUCAAUCCCAAAUAUCUGCUCCGCCCCGAUCAAAAUUUUUAAAAAAAUGCUUUGACUUGAGAGCGCAGACUUGAGAUACAAGCGCCGCGAUGUGGCAGCAAACGCCACUCACUUCACAUGAAGCAGCAGCUUGGCAACUCGAGAACCUAUUCCUUUGUUCUGUUUCCUGUCACUCCAAAUUGAGGAUUACACAUUUUGUGUCAAAAACAAUCCAGCGCUUUUGCUCGAGGAACAAACACUCGCGUAACGCUUUGGCACAAUGGAAAACGGCACAGACACGCCAACGAAUGCCAUUGAUAGUUGCCGUGUUAGAAACAUUUCAGCACUGGAUAUCAG